AUGACUGAUGUGGCAUUUUGCCCGAUGGUUCCACCAUUGAGGGAGCGGAUGGUGCGGGUCUCCGGAGAAUGUGAAUGGCCACAUUUCGACCUACAGGAAUUUAUGCACCAAUUCGGACAACGACUCGAGCGUGUUCAUGCGGGUCACGUGGAAUUGAUAUUUAAGGAGAAAGAGGAUCAGGAUGCUCUCAGAACAUCGGUGUCGAGUCGACUAGCGAUUGUGCAAAAGGGCGUCACCAUGCGAUUCAACCUUCUCAAAGCCUAUGGCAAAGACUUUUUGGCAUCCUUCCUGUGGUCGCGGCGGGAAUUCGUUACCCAGGACGGGUGGCAUGUGGUCAGCGCGCGGGAGCAGAGCAAGAGGCCGGCCAAUUUCUUGGUGGCCCUCAUCGAACUG